UUUUGCAUCCCAGCAUUUCAUUAGACCGGUAAGGAUUAUUCCCUUGGACUAAUUCUGCCGUCUGGGUUGAUUUCAUCUGAGAGCAGAUUUGCACCACAGGUUUGUCCUUGGAUUUAUGCUCGACCAAUUUUCUGUUCAAUGCUAUGCACUGUUGGAGUGUGAUUUGUUGUUACAGGGAAAAAUUACUAGCUUCACAUCUAUUUAGAAAAGGGUAAAGGCAAGGACUACCUGUGUUUUCAAAGGAAAAAAUCAAAUCAAAGGAAAAAACACACCAUGAAAGCCAUUGUAAGUUAAUCUUUCCUUAUGUCCGUCGCAUGUGCAAGGAAGGGAUGUGAUUGAGCUUGGUGUGAUUUUUUUAGACAUGACACCCGUCCUCACUGCCACCGCCAUAUGCGGUAGAGUCGAGGAACGAGAAGCUGAACUGAUUUUGCAUCACAGCAAUUGAUUAGACCGUUGAAGGAAUAGGAGUAUUCCGUGAAUCCAUUGGGUCAAUUCAUCCCUGUCAUUCGAGUACUCGACUUGGCUGUGAGCAUAUUUGCACCUUAGGUUUGUUGUCCUUGGGUUUAUGCUCGAGCAAUUUACCUUUUUCUGCACUAUGCACGUUGGAGUGUGAAUUGUUGUUUAAGAUUUGUUAUUUUACUAUUUUAACAUGUGUUUAGGAAAAAAGGGCGAAGUAAAGGAUUAUUCAUGUUAACUUUUGAGAAGAAAAGAACAAAACAUGAAAGCACCAUAAGUUAAUCCCGCUUGAUAGAUCUUGGCCGUCGCAUGCGCAAGGAAGGGAUAUGAUUGGACUUGGUGUGGAUUUAGAACACAUACGCUUGGCAAUUUUUUUAAGAAGGCCCUGCCAAAUAUUUUUAAGAAGACCCUGCAAAAUGUCCAGAAUGCAGCAAGAAGUGUCUUCACAUUGCUCUCAGCCCAAACCACCAAAAUAGGGUUUCCAAACCUAGCGGCGACAGAAUGGGCGGCGGCGGCGGCGGCGCGCCGCACCCAUGCGAGACCCGAGUGGAUGAGCACGUACGCCAGAAAAUGGCCUCGUUGCCAAUCCCCGGUGAUCUCCUAGCGGACAUCUUCCUUCGCCUGCCCACGCCAGCCGACCUCAUCCGUGCCGCCGUCGGCUGCAUCUCCUUCCACAACAUCAUCACCGACCGCUCCUUCCUCUGCCGUUUCCGCAAGCUCCACAACCCGCCCCUCCUCGGAUUGCUCGACAAUCAUCGAGUCUUCCACCCUGCCAACCCGCCUCACCCCUCCGCGCCGGCAGCCAGUGCCGUCGCUGUUGCCGCUGACUUUUCCUUCUCUUUCCUUCCUGGCGCCAGCCACAACUGGGCCAUCCAGGACAUUCGCGAUGGCCGUGUCCUCCUCAACAAAAUCCAUGGGAGGGAUGGUAUCGGUCAGAAGUGGAGAAUAUUCAAGGAUAUGGUGGUGUGCGACCCCCUGCACCGACGGUAUUUCCUGCUCCCGCCAAUCCCCGAGGAUCUAGUAAAUCCAGUGGAGGAGCCACACUUUAUGGAAGAGGUAUAUUAUUUGUACCAGAUCUUCCUUUUGCCUCCCUGUGACAAUGAUGAGGAGGCAACAGCUGUGGAAGAGACGUCAUUUAGAGUGGUUUUGAUGGCAUGGUGUGAAACUACGAUGGUUGCCUUUGUCUUCUCUUCUAGUACUAGACAAUGGCGAGCCAUUCCAUCCCUGGGCUGGGAUACUUUAGUUGCUAACUUGCCACUGAGAGGGUAUUGUCUCUUCGCCGCACGCCAAUACGCGUAUGGCUGUUUCUACUGGAUGUUACAUUUUUGCAAGAAAAUAUUGGUGCUUGACACUCGGAAGAUGGAGUUCUACAUUGCUAACCCCCCACCUGCAAUAUCUUUUUCUUUUCUGGAUAUAGCCAUUGUGGAGGCAGGGGAAGGUAGAGUUGGGAUGUUUGUGCCAGGAAUAGGCAGAAAUGGACUUGAAUUCUAUACAAUGUGGAGAAACAAUGGUGGGACUUACAUGCAGUGGAAGUUGGAGAAGACGAUCUCAGUUCAUUUUUUGCACUACUCUGCGGGUUCAAAUGGGAAACACUUGUUCAUAUAUGAUGUGGAAAGCCCGUCGGUUAGCUAUGGUUGUUUCUCACUAGACAUCAAGACAUUCCAGCUUAAAAGGGUGUGUUCUUCAAAGACAUGGAUCCCUAAUCCGCUUGCAUAUAGCAACUUUCCACCAUCAAUUUUGGCAUCACCAACAAUAGCAAGUGGUACUCAGGAAGGUGAGAAGGAGAUGCUGGAACAAGGCGCGAAAACUCUGCAAGCUGAAGAACAUGUGGACAGCCAGCAUGGUGGGAGCACCAGUGAUGGUGUUGAUGCUGGAGGUCACCCUGGCAUGCCGAGGAUCAGAGAUGGCACUGAUUGAGUUUGUGCUGCAACUCAGACAGCUGACCACAUGUUGGUCUGUAAUAGGCGGUUCUGUUUGGUCCGUAAUAAUUGACCUGGAGUUUACCUUUAUCCCUUGUGCUUUCGAUUUGACUUGAAGUUUAUCAUGUGUGCUUUCAAUAUGACGAUGGUUGGUGUGUUUGCCGCAUAAAGACUAUGUGAGUAGUCAAAAGUGAACAAUUUGAAUUUGUGAGGUAUUUGCAACUAAGCAGAAGUGUUGGCUUAUAAUCUAUUUGUGUUGCUCUUUC